CCAUAGGUUUUGUACUAAGCGUGGUGAUACUUGUCUUGGACCUCUUGGCACGCUCAACUCGGAAAACGAUGGCGCAUUUUCAAGUUGCCACAUAUACAUGUUAACCUGCUAUAAAGUGGACAACUGUGAAGUCAAAGCCCUCCCUCAUCACUACGGGCCCAACAGCUCCAGCCAUGGUCAAUACUACAACUACAGCGGGUCUCAUUGGCGUUGUUCUUCUGGCUCGCCACGGCGACAGGACGGCAUACUAUCAAAGCCCAACUACAUACAACUCUACCCAAGCAUACAUCACCCCUCUUGGAGAGCAACAAGAAUUUGAACUCGGGAGUUUUCUUCGUAACACGUAUCUCAAUCCCAAUUCGCCGUCUUUCAUCCAGAAUAUCAGCACUGACGUGGUAAAUAUCGAUCAGCUGACUGUCCGCGCAGACGCUGGUGGAGGAAAUGUCAUCCUUAACUCUGCGUAUGCUCUGCUUCAGGGUCUCUACCCAUCCACAAAAAAGUCAGAGAUAACUCUGGCGAAUGGUACAACGGUUUUUCCUCCUCUUGGAGGAUACCAAUAUGUUCCAGUGGAAUCUUUGGAAUUUUGGCAGAGUCCAUCUCUCACGAGCUGGAUGGAAUGCGAGUAUUUCCAAUAUCACCUGGCUAGAAUUUACGCUUCAUCCGCAUUCAUAAACAUGUCCACCACUGCCGCGCCCUUCCUGACCGCCUUAAAACCUUACUUGGGGAGCGUCAGUAACAACUUCACGAACAUGUGGAAUAUAUACGACCAUGUCAAUGUCCAGUACACCUAUAACAAGACCUAUUACGAAACCCUGCCUCCCACCUUCCUCCAGCAAGCUCGCUAUUAUUCUGAUUGGCUCCAGCGCAAUGUCUUCACCGAUUCUGUGCAAAAUGGCAUCGGCCAAAUUCCUAUUCGCACACUCCUACCGGAGGUCUUUUGGGCCUUGGGUAACAUGACAAAGACAUCUAACCAAGUCAAGAUGAAUAUUCAGGAAAUCGAUUACAAGCCAUUUAUCAGUCUGUUUAACGUCACGAAUGCCACCGUGACUGACCCCGAGAUCACUGGUACCGUCAACUAUGCUUCUGUCGUUGCCCUUGAGUUGUCGCAGAACUCGCAGGGUCAGCAUGAGGUCAGCAUGAAGUUCAAGAACGGUACUCAGGACAGCCAGUUCCGUCAGCUUAAGAUGUUCGGCAACACAAGCAUCACGCUUGACAGUUUUAUUAACCAACUCUUUUGGACUACAAUCAACUCCACUAACAACUGGUGCUUCUCCUGCAAUCAGACUGUCCUCCGCGGAUGCUCUGUCUUCAAUUACAGUAACGACCCCUUCUUGAACGGCUAUGGUACUGGUUAUACGGGCUAGAAGCCAUGAGACCACGGGUGUCUUUUGAUUUCUGUAAUGUAAAACUGUCUAAUUCUUUUAAAUAAUCUAUCGUUCCUUGGGACUUGACUCCAAUGAGCGAGGACAUUUAAACUUCCAGCAAAUACGUACAUCGAACAACAGCGUCUUCUAGAAUGCACUCCAAUUUCCCUUUCGAAGACGAAUGGCUCUUCC